GGGGGGGCGGGGCGGGGCCGCGCCCGCGCCUCACGGAGGCGGCCGCGGCCGCUCCGGGGGUGCUGGGGGGUGCCCGCGGGCUGCGGUUCCCCCGCGGGCGGAGCAGCCGGGCCCGGCUCGGAGAGCUCGAGCGGCGGCGGGCCGGGGAGCCGAGAGAAGUGGAAAGCUACGUGGGCCAUGUCCGUAACCUGACAGAGGAAUGGGACAAUGUCCUCAUGGAGUAUGAAAAAGAAAACGAGCACCUCAGAGAUGAGCUGAUGCAGCUGCAGCAGGAAACUGCCUCGUGGUCAGCCCUGCAAGUGCCUGAGAGCUGGGAAGAAGGGGUGCGUGAAUGGAGAAAGAGUGACAGGACUGCACUACAGAAGGCCAUGGAGCACAACAGCAGGCUGGACAAGGAAAUUCUGGCACUGCGAACACGGGUCCAAAUGCUUGACUUGGAAAGAAAAGCAUUCCUUGAUUUGGUUGACCAGCUCAAAGAGGAGAUCUGUGAGUAUCAAAAGGGUGAGAAGCAAGGAUUUCCAUUGUCUACACCAGUUGAGACUGAAGAAUUGAGCAUGUUGCAACUACAGGACACAAAAGAUGAAGGGAGGGUUGAAGGGGACCACACUUCAGGCAAAGCUGGUUCAGAUCAAGAAGACAGAUAUCAGAGUAGUGAAACACUUCAUAAAAGGUGCCGGGAGGUGAUUGAAAACAUUGAGGGCAGGAAUUCACAGCUCCUUCACAAGCUGCAAAAUCUUGAGCAGGAGCACGAGGAUUUGGUUGAGCACAACGAAGAGCUGGAAUCAGUUCUGGGAGAGACACAGAUCCAAACAAAGCAGGAAAAGGAACAGUUUGAGAGUGAAGUGGAGGGACUUCACUGGAAAAUCAUGAGUUUAGAGACAGAGUUACUUGAAGUGCAGAAGAACAAAGUUGAGAUGAGUGGGGAAGAGCAGGCGUCGUCUGAUGGAGCACAGGAGAUGCAAGAGAUGCUGGAAAGCUGUCAGGAAACAAUAGAAAAGUUGGGAAGUCAGCUGGGAGAGCGGAGAGAAUGGAGAAAACAACUUGCAUCUGAACUUGAACUGUUGCGGGAAGAUCUGAAGGCUGAGAAGAAGGCCUCUGAACUUGUACAAGAAAGUGAGCAGAUUAACAAACCUGAGCAGCAACAUGAAGAUUUAUGUACAGAUGAAAAGACACAUGAAGAGCAGAUGGCUAAAGUAGUAUUUUUGGAAGAGCAGAUCCAAAACUUGACAGAUGAACAAGAACUUGUACGUUCUGAAUUACUAGAAAGCAACAAGAAGAGAGAGGAGCUAGAAAAGCAGCUAAAGGAGAACAAUGAAGAAAAACAGUUGUUAUUGGAAGAAAUUGCCAAGCUAAAGCAAGAUAUCCUGACUACCAGGGAGCAGCUUGACAGCACAGCUGAAGAGACUUUGAGGAUGAAUCAAGGCAUGGUCCAUGGAGACAACAGGUUUCUUGUGUCACAGAGCUCUGCAGGCAGCUUAAAUGGGAGCAUUAAACAGAGUAUGUCUGAAGAGAGAUUCCAACAGCAGGAGGUGAAAGUGCAGCAGCUGCGGCAGGACUUGCGUCGAGUUCAGAAUUUGUGCAGCUCAGCUGAGAGGGAGCUGAGAUAUGAAAGGGAGAAAAAUGUCGACUUACAAAAGCAAAAUCUGUUGCUCCAGCAGGAAUGCACCAAGUUGGAAAAAAGUCAACAGAAGGUCAAAGAACUUGAACAAGAGCUCUUGAAAUGCUCCCAUGCUGAUAAAUUGCAGAGCAGCCUGCAAGAGAAACUUACACAGGAGAAGUCCAAAGUGUAUGAAGCACAAAAACAGAUCUCAAAGCUCCAUCAGAAGUUGAAGGAUUCACAACACCAGCUCCUGCUGGCAGAGACCCGUGUUUCAGACAAGAAACUCCUGGAGGAGGAAUUGAAGGAGGCUCGAGAAAACGAAGCUCGAGUACAGCAAGAACUCCGUGAGGAGCUGCUGAAAAGGAAGCUCCUGGAGCAGCAGGUGGAGGAGCUGCGGCAGCAGCUCCGGCAUUCGCAUGAGACAGAGGCAUCACUGGCCAAGAUGCAUGUGGAGCUGCAGGCCAAGACUCUGCAUGCCCUAGAAGAUGAGAGGAAAACUGAUUCGAGUGAGCAUCUCCAGUGUCACAAGGAGAAAGAGAAGCUUUCAGAGCAACUUUCACUGCUGAAGGAGGAAAACAAAGCUCUCUAUGAGGAAGGAGUCCGUCUUUUGAACCAGAAGGAUCUGUACAUCAGGAAAUAUAAUGAAAUGCAGCUCCGCCACAAAGACAAGAUCCGCAGAGCCAAAGAGACGUUCAUCCAUGAGGUGAAACAAAGGGACAGCAGGAUUAAGCAGCUUGAAAGUGAGCUCAGUGAGUCAAAACUCCAAGUAGAAAAGGGAAAGGUGCUGAUUGCACAGAUCACUACUGAGAAUGAGAAAUUACUCCAGGAAAGAAGACGGCUCCUCCAGAAGAUAACUGACCAAGAGGAGACCCCUUGGAGCACCAGGUCUACGAUUGCCACCCUGCAGAGCAGAGUGAAGAUCCUGGAUGAGGAGAACAUGGGGCUGCAUGAGAGCAAACUGCAGCUCUCCAGCCACGUGCCCACCUCGCAGCGCGCCAUGAGGAGCAUCCACGCUCCCAACACGGAGGACUUGAAGGGUGUUAACUUCUCUGAACGGCAGCUACAGAGUAAGGUGUUGCCAUCUCCCCGUACCAGCUUCCCAUCACAAGAACUGCCAGACACUCUCAGCACCCUGAAGCCCGAAGGAGGAGCCGAAAGCCAAGACUCGUCCUUUUGCUUAUCGCCCUCUCAGCCUUCUGAGAUUGGGUACUUAAACGUAGCCUCGCCUGGAGACACCACAGCCUCCCAGCUGCAGGAGGAGAGUCAGAGCAUCAGCUCUGAGAACUUCUAAACAGAGAGAGAUGUUUGUAAAAUACACCCUCACUGGACUGCAAGGAUUUGGGCUCCUGUUGCCAUCAGGUGACAAGGACUGCAGGAGGGAGACUUGCCAAAUGACUUACUUGGUGAUUUUUGUGAUAUCUUUCAACUAAAUUAUUCAACAUCUUUUUUUUUUUUUAAAAAAAAAAACAACUCACCUAACCCUAACUGUGUGUGUGUCAUCCCACAUCCCCCUGGGAUGCAUCCACCUGGGAGGCUGGAAUUUGCAGACAAACUCAGUAAAAAGGAAGAGAUGUGGAGUGAGACAUAUGUCCCCCCUGAACCCUAAUUCCCUGUCCAGUCCAAAACUAUGAAUUUUGUAAAUAAAACUUGGAGAAAUUCCCCUACA